AACAUUGAUUGAUAUUUGUCAAAAUAAUUCAGUCAAACAAACGAACAUGGAUUCUCUGGCUGCAAAGCCUGAGAAAUUGAACGCGUUUAGUAGAUAUGCAUACGAUAAAACAAUAUCGAAUACCCCCAGAAACAUGUCAGCACACAGUAGUAAUAUUGUUCAUAAGUUAUUUAAUAGAGAGACAUUUGGUGGUACAUCUAGAAAAAGCAAUGAUCGCGGUCGCAAAGUAUUUGAGCGCAUCCCACCGCGGCUUCGAUUCUGCCUCAUGGAUAUUGUGCCGAUGUCCUACCUCAGGGAGCAGGUGUUCAUGGGCUUCUCCCAGUGCGGGCAGUUCCUGCUCAGCUUCACUUACAGCUGUAACACACAGAUGUACUUCAGAGAAAGUUCGAAGUUCACGCUCCACUUUCUAUCAUGGGUGCCGGGCCGCGUCGUGCGUCCAGUGCAUAGCGUGCCAUUGUUCGGUGACGACUGCGUAGACAGUAAGAUUGUCAUAUCUAUGGCGCAAUGGAAGCAUAACCCUGGCGUGCUAGUCGUGUAUGGUAUUGCGGAUUCCUGUUCAGAACGAUCCCACCUCAGCGUAAUAGGAGUACCUCGUUUAGGAUGUAAGAAAUGUGCAGCUUUCCCUAAAGAUGAAGAUGAUAUUUAUAAUAAUUUUGGCAAAAGAUGCCUUGAACACAACUUCGCGAUUCAUACAAAAUUCUUCUGCACCUCCGACAGUAGUAUGUACGAGCCCGUGGUCCAGCUAGCUUACUCAAAUCAAAUCAUAAUAUACACAGAUUUCAUUCACAUACUCGAGAUAGAUUUCGUGAAACCAGACCACGAGAAAAACGAAAGAGAAGCGGAGGACACAAAGAAUUAUUUAGAUAGAGAGGAAAUUAGCUCAAUAGAUACGAACCCUAGCACUCCCGCUUCAGAUGUUUCAGCUCCUUUUCAAUCGCCUAAAUACCAGAACAAUGUCGUCCAGAAUAUUUUGGCGGAUUUCUCGGAUUUAGAAAUGGAACCGUACCAAAUGUCCAAGCCUGUGCGCUUGCCUGACGUUAUGGGACAAGAAUUGUGUAUCCAGGCAUCCUCAAUCUCACACAAUUUAGUAGAGGAGUGGGAGGGACCAUCUCCUUCAAUCAGAACGUUGAUAAGUCCUCCUCUACGGUCCCCGAGGCGACGGCCGGCGGAAAGCAUGUCGAGGUUCAACGAAACACAUAGAACUAUCGCUGAGAAAGCGUAUGAAUUUGUAGAAGAAGCGGAAACAAAAUGCGAGAAACUCAGCAUGUUUAGAAAACGAAGAUUGGCUGACAAGAAGUACGAAUUUUCGGAAGACAACAAUGAGAAUAUUGUCCCCUUUAGGGUGUUGAGGAGCAAUAGGAAAUAUUUUAUAGGAUCGACGAGUAAAAGCCAGGCUAAGCGUGCAAAGUCUCCCUCCGUUGAAAGUGUGGUUCUGAGAGCUCACAAUCAGAUUAGUAGACCGGCUUCGCCUACCAGUAGUUCAGAUCUGAAGAACCCUAGCCUUUCGUCUUUAGAGUCGGACCACAACAGCGAAGCCGAGUACAGAGUCACGGAAAUGUUGGACGAUGGAUCUCUGAAAACUGUAGCUGUUCACGACAAUACCUCUAAGACCCUUUCCGAUAUACCUGUAAAUGCUAAGGACCCCUACUUGGUUCACUCCGGCAACUCCAAAUGUAGUAAAUUCUUCACAAGGUACUUCGUGGAAAGUGACGAUGAGAUAACCUCUAUCGUGACCGAUUCCGAAGAUGACUGCAUCUCAGGCUACCACGUAGCUUUACCCCUAUCGGCCCAAGGCGCCGGGUACGCCGGCCUGCAGGGCGUGGGCGCCGGCGCGUGGGAGCGCCUGUGCGCGGCGUCUCCGCCCCCACCACCCUUAACUCUACGGGCACAUCAACGAUCGUUAGAUACUGAAUUGCUUUGUAAUGAAGUCUGUGGUCGGUUGUGCAAUUUGAAUAAGAAGAAGUUCAUAUACUGCUUCGAUUGGGGUUGCCAUGUUAUUGAUGUUUGUCAGUCGAGUGGGUGUUUGUCUGGGUUAUGUGCGAUGUGGAUGUGGGCGAGCGAUGAGAAUGACGACACGGCGGAAUGCGAAGCCUGUAAGGACGUUAGCGCCGGCUGUCUCCUACAUAGACAACAGUAUGCUGCUGAGUGUUUAUUCGUGUGGGACCUGGUGAGCGGAGUGUACCGAACUGAAAGAGUUUCCAUGACAGAAGACUCGAGCCAAGAGGGCAGCCGAGUUCCAGGUGCCGACAGGGCUAGGGAGUUAGCUAAAAAGCUAGGCCCAAUCAAUAUGCCGCCUGGCAAUGAGACGAGAUUAUUAACCACAUUGACAGGUAAUGUAAUAGGGCGAUCGCUAAAAAGACUGACAGAUGUGGACAACUGCAUCGAAAUCACAAAGAAUCAUCCUGACAGCUCGGAGUCAGAAUCGUCAGAGGAAGACAGCGAUUACGACUGAAUGUUCCAGAAGCUUCUAUCACGCGGUACUAUAAACCUCUUUGGAGUGAAAAAUGAGGUUGAGACACGGAGAAGUAAGCUCUUGGAGUGCUAAGAUAGUAAUCUGAUGUACAUGUGUAAAAAUUACAAUAACACUAACCUAUUAAACAUCUAAAUAUAGAAAUAACUCAUUAAAUGCUAUAAAUUCCAAAAUGGUUUUAUUUAUUUAGUGAUUAAAUCACGUAAGUUAAAUAUACUUUUUUGGUAUUGUGUCAUUAUUAUGUAUUGUCAAAAAUCAAAAAAUUGUAGCAUAGCACUCCAUUGAUUACUUACUCCGUGUACAUUUGUCACAAAAGUGAACAACGAAGGAAAGUGUAUGAAGCACUUUUUGUAUAAAUAUUGUCUCCUUAGGAGUGUUUGAAGACAGGUUCGUAUAAAUAGAUCGUUUAAAUGUGUUCCGUACGUUUCUACCUACAUUUUUAAUACCUUCGUGUAAAAAAUAUUCCUCCCACAAUUUUUUUUUAUGUGUAUCUUCUCCAAAUUAUUACGGGCAGGCAGCAGUUUCUUAAAAGUAUUUUGUUUAACUUCAUUUAUUUAUUUAAAGUGGUUAAUUUUUGAUAGCGCAUGAUAUAUUUUCAGUGACAUCAGAGAUUAGACAUCUCUAUGGUUACACAAUUUUUAGCUAUGUAUGUAUAUAAUAGCCUGCCUGUAUUAAAGUGCAACUCUUCUUACCAACAUUUUAAGUUUCAAAUCACUGUUUCUACAAUAGAACAUAUUUUGCCAUGAAUUAAUAUUUUUUGGAAUACUUUGUAAAUAAAAUGCUCGCAAUAUUAACAUUAGAUAUUUCUCAAUCGAAUGAAUAACUUUGAUACACUGAAUCAGUCUUAAAUAUGUUGAAAAUAAAAUAAAUCAUUUUGUAUAUUUUCGUAUGGAACUUUACUUAAAUUUUUGUCUACAUACAGUAAUCGGUUCUUGUUAUGAAAUUGUCGUUAAUCAAAUGUUAAAAUUAUAAUAGUCACAUAUACAAUGGUAGAUCUGUGUGUAUGAAUUAAUUAAACAUGUAUUGCCCGCUUUUAUUGUUAAGCGUUGUAUCACAUACUUUAUACAAUGGAAUCAUUGAAUAGCAUUAUGGUUAUAGCUCACUUAAACGACUCAGCUCCCACUAUUCUAAUAUGGGCUUAAGAUAUUAAUUUAAAAAUACAUGCUAUGGCAGUCUGAAGGCUACCAGCUCCGCUAAUUUAUGUCAUAUAUUUAUAUAAAGUAUAUCUAAAGUGCAACUUAAGGGCCAUAUUGAAUUUUAUUCUCUUUGACGGAAGUCGUUAAUGUGGGCUAUGCACCUACGUGCGGACACAUAGCGUAUGUCAACUUUUUCUAUCUCAAAGAGUUAUCAAAAACUCACGUGCGCACCUCUAACACUCGGCAGCCAUAAAUCCAAUGUAAGUCGCAAACAAAACUUACCAAAAAAUAUACUCAAAUUACAUAAUUUUAAUCGAAAAUAUAGUAAAGCCAGUGUCGCCCUCACAUAGUUGCUAAAUCUUGACACUAGAGACGCUAGGAUAGAACUGAAUUCUCUAUGUGUACGCACCUUUCACAAAAAUGUCGCAUAUACUCAACUAACCAAGUUCGAAUGAUAUUUCACUGUACAUUAUUAUAGUAAUAGUCGUGAAUGUAUUGAUUGAUAUUUAUGACAUUUUAGUAGUAUUUUAACUUAUCAAUAUGUAUGUCCAAUUUUGGUGUCUGAAUCAAUGAGUUUUAAGCUCCUGACAUUUUAUAGCAAACAUAUUAGGGGUGCCUUGUUUGCCUGGGGGACCCUGAAAAGUCUAGGUUUUGACACAUACAUCAGUAUUAACCACAGUUGGCCUUACUACAAAAACUUUAAACCCUGUUUUACACUUGUCUAAUAAAAUUUUGGCUGCAAAAUGAACCAUAUGUCAACGUCAUAAUUUGACAUUUUUUUAGACAAGGCAUAAACUGACGUUUAAAAGUUUUUGUGGUAAGACGGAGUAAGUUUAUUCCAUCAAUCACUUUACCUACUGAACUAUAAAAUUUCCCCAAUUAAUGUUAGAUAUUGUGUCAAAAUCGAGUCUUCACCACUAAAUAAACUGAAACGUGUUGCUGUCUAUGUAUUACUUUCUACUGCAUUUAUAUAAUGUAUAAAGUUAGUGAUUUUAAAUAGUAAUAUGAUAAUCAUCAAUGAUAUUAAUAUGUAAUGUAUUCAACGAAUGACCAGUUAAUUGAUUCUAGCACAUUUGAAUGGAGUUUUGUAGUAUAGAGAGGGAAGUGUGAAUAUGAGCUUAGGCAUGGAAUAAGUCAUAUGUGCUGGAAUUCAGUCCUAAAUAUGAACCUAGGCUCAUAAUAAGGUUGUGAUUGUUUGAACAUAGGUUUGUUAAAAGAAGUGCCUCUGACUCGAUAACUACUACCCUCCAAUAUAAUCUACUUCAUCAAAUAUUUUAGUUGUACGUACAAAGUCAACGCGCUUUCCUGUACCUUCUAAUUUUCACUGCAAUUUGUUUUAUGUUUCUUGUCUUCUUGCUUCUUAUUUGAUUAAUGUAAAUAUUUUGUUAUUAUUUAGUGACGACGUUUGAUCUCACAACACUGUGAACCACGGAGGGUGUACAUACUACGUAAUUUUGGAGCAACUAUGAAGGAAAUGUGUACUAGUGUAUUAAAUCUUGACACAUAUUUGUCGAACGUAUUAAUUGACCUUACAGUCUAAACUGAACGGUUGAAACAAUCUUUGCCAGUUAUAAUUUAUGGCGAUAAUCUUACUGAUGUUUCUUAUGUCUAAGUAUAUAGAAAAUUAAUGUCCUAUACAGUAAUACCUCGUAAUUUUGGCGACUAGAAAUCUGUAGAGUAGAUUGAGACUCAGUCCCAUAAUAUCACACGCUUCGUACUGGCGAGAAAGACUAUUCAAAUAUAGAAUCUAUUGUGCCAAGGGUGGGAAAGUUUGUGAGAUAAAUUACUGCAUAGGCCAUUUAACACUGAAUGUAAUAUAUAAAUAUAUCUCACUAAUUGGUGAGCAGUUGUGAGCUCUAGUCUUAAGCAUCGAAAGAUAAAACACUAGUGUAUAACCAGCUCCAAGCCAGAGGCAUUCUGAAAUAAAAACUAAGCAAUAUAACAAUGGUUGUUUCACAUUAUUUUCGAUAGCCUUUUAAAAAAUUUGAAAAAUGUUUGAAGGUUGGCUGUAUUAAUCCACUUACAAUAAGUGAUGAUUGCAUUUAAUUUUAUAUCUGUUGACACAUGCUGACAGUGUUACUUGCCAUCAAAUUGUAUUAUACUAUAGAUAGGUAUGAGACAAUGCAUGAUGUAAUAAUAACAUGAAAAAAAUUA